AAGAACCCGACUAAAUCCGACCCGUGAACAGCCCCGAGUUAAGUCUUGAAUUGAAUGAGUUUAGUUUUGGUGCGAUUCCAAAGCGUACCGUUUCAUAGUCUACAGGAUACUCGGAAAGCUGCCGUCGCUCCAAAAACCCAGAAAGAAAAUGUUGAGAACAAAGGAGCUAUGGACGCCUCUCUCAAAGCUUCUUAGACGCAGGACCUUCUCGUCCACGCCACGCCGUUUCCUACUCCUUCCUUCUCGUUCCAAUCCACAAGUCUACUCCUCGAACGUCGGAACUUAUAGCUUCUUCUUUAGCACGUGUGAAAAUCACUUUCUUCAGAAUUCUCUCAAUGUUUCCGGGAAAAAUUUCUGCUCCGAAUCUUUGGUGAAAGCUAAAACUAGUUGCUGGAACUGCAAUGCUCAGCCUCAACGGUCGCUGUUUCUGGCUUGUGAAUCGUGUGGAACCAUCCAGCCCGUUGAUCAGUCUAUUGAUUACUUCCAGAUAUUUGGACUGGAGAAGAAGUAUGAAAUGAAGGAUGAGAAUCUGGAAGGGAAGUACAAAGACUGGCAGAAAAAAUUGCAUCCUGAUUUAGUUCAUUCGAAAUCUCAGAAAGAGAGAGAUUUUGCAGCGGAGCAGUCUGCUCGGGUGACUGAUGCGUACAGAACUCUUAGGAAUCCGCGGUUAAGGGCAAUAUACAUUUUAAAGCUUGAAGGAGUAAAUGUUAAUGAAGAAGAAACAAUUUCAGAACCACAAUUGUUAGCGGAGAUUAUGGAAAUCAGGGAAGCGGUUGAAGAGGCACCUGACUCUAAAGCUUUAACUGAGAUUCAAUCCCAGAUGAGAGAAAAAUUGCAACAUUGGUCUAAGUCCUUUGCAAAUGCUUUUCAAAGCAAGAAAUUUGAAGAAGCUAUAACUUGUAUUCGGAGAAUGACUUACUAUGAUCGUGUAAAUGAAGAAAUUGUGAAGAGGCUUUAAGAAGGUUCAGUCUCUUGAUGGUCCGGAGCUAAUUUUGGCAGCUGGGCAAGUCAUUCUUGAGAUUCACAGGCAAUAAACUUAUAGGCAGAAAUUGGUGUAGGCUUGUUCAAGACUGGAAGCUAUAGUAUUAAGCCAGAAAUAUUUGGAGAAAUCUAGAGAUGCUGUUCCAUCAUAUUUGUUUUUGAUUUGCUUCUUCCAAUACUUGUCUCAAAACUCCUAAAAAUUUGAGAAUCCUCUGUCAUGGUGUGUUGGUUUUUGACUGGGUAAGGGAGUGCACUUUGUGCAUGAAUUUUCAUUCUCAAAAAGAUGAUAGAAAUGAGAAUAAAGCUAUUGAAUAUUUGGUAUUU